AUGGUUGCGAAUUCCUCGGAGCACGAUCCUCUCAUUGCUGAAGUCUAUGAUCAAAUAAAGGAUAUGACGGUCAAGGAAGCCAUUCUGUUUGUCAAGAAGCUCCAGGUUGAGCGUAUUCGAGAGGCACACUCGAAGCUCGUGGAGGAAGUAGGCCCGAUGGUUGGAGAGAAGAUUGGCAAGAAGUAG